AUGAGAACCCAAUCCGAGUACUGGAAGAAAUACCUGGCCGGCAGCAAGCCCUGUCUCCUCCCCCCACUGACCCCCAAGGAUCAGCAAGACACGUCCAAGAAGCAAACCACCGCCAUCGCCCUCGACCGCGACCGCGAAAUCCGCCGCUUCUGCCUCCAGCACGGCGUCUCGCCACUGACCGUCUUCCAGCUGGCGUGGGCCUUCGUGCUGAGCCGCUACGCCGCCACCGACGACGCCGUGUUCGGGUACCGCGAGAACGCCGCGCUCGACGGCUCCCUCGUGCUGGAGGAGGAGUCCAUCUUUCGCCUUCGGUUUCCCCUCGAGACCUCUGUGCUGGGGACGUUACGUCUGAACGCCUCGCGGUCGCCGCGCCACCGUGCAUUCCAGACUGGCGCUAUCCCGGCCACCAUGCGUCUGGCUGGGUACAAGGGGCAGCGGCUGUUCAAUACGUUUCUGUACGUGGAGCCGGCAGGGGAUGGCGUCACGUCGGGGGACAGCGCAGGGCACUUUGUGGUGCCGUCGUAUCCCAGCCAGACGGACGUCGACGGCCAGUAUGAUGUGGUUGUCAAGAUCUCCGUCGCCGAGGACGUCACCGCCUGCUCGGUCGUGUAUUCCAGCGCGCUGCUCGGCGACACCCAGGCGCGGCAUCUUGCGUUGACGUUCGGCCGCGUGCUGGAGGCUAUCCUGGCCCACGGCGAUGGAUGUACCGAUGAGAUGGAUCUCUUGGCGCAUGCAUCCAGUGCCUUCGCUGUGGAUGCGUCCCUGGGUGGGUGUGUCUGUGAACACAGGUCGAUCCCUGAGCGCUGCGUGGAGAAUACUUGGGAUGGCGAGGCCCGGUAUCAGAAGCUCCAAGGCAUGUCUGUGUGA